CACAGUUUUCAGUUUAUGCAUGAAAGUUCAAAGAUCUAAUGCGUCUUGUAGAAAACGACACCGCUUUGUUCACGUCAAAUACAUCAAGAGAUUGUGCUGGAACAGCGAAGUAUAAAUUAAUGCCAGUUCUAGUUGGAGACGGUUGCAAUGUUUCUGGGUCAUUACUGACAACAACAACAACAACAACAUUAGUCAUCCAUCAGUUUCAUCACCCGAAAGUACAGUCUCCUGAUGCAACUUUUGCACAGUUUACAUAUAGGCCUAAUCACAGGUGUUUCACUAUUAACAGUUGAUACAGGUGUGUGUCAUGGCCUGUCUGACCCACGAUGUAAAUGAAGCAGUUUGUGUAUAGUAUAGUACCACGGUACAGGUUAUCGUUUUACACCGAAAUCAAGGCAUACAGUCAGGUAUUUACGACAAUAGAGUAGACCCAAUUCAAUUCUUGGAUCAACAUUUACUUCUCUCAUUAUCUGAUAAACUGGCGUUUGUCAUAAAAAGGUGGACAGCAUCUCUCAUCAGUUAUUAAUACAAUGGAAUUGGUCAGCUUGAUCAUUUUUGGGGUCCUCUUUUAUAUAUUCUAUACACGCUUCUGGAAAAAGGAUCGAUUAAAGUUUGCAAAGAAGCAAAGAUGGCAAAGUGGAAACAGUGUAGCAAGACUGUACAGUGCUUCACAUGUGAAUGCGAUAGUGGAUAGGUUCCAAAGCCUCGAUGAUGUCAGUGAUGCUGUGAAGAGAGCAGGGCUGGAGGAGUGCAGUCUAAUAUUUGGGGUGGAUUUCACAGCCAGUAAUGAGCGACAGGGUUUGCAGACAUUUGGGGGCAGGUGUCUUCACUAUGUCGAUCAGCUCCAACAAAAUCCAUACCAGUAUGUCAUAUGUUGUCUUGGUGAAACGCUAGAACCCCUUGACAGCGAUGGAAUGAUUCCAGCCUUCGGCUUUGGAGAUGCCACCACUAAAGAUUUCUCGGUGUUCCCAUUCAAAAAUGAGGGUUUCUGCCAUGGAUUUCAAGAGGUCCUCCACAUCUAUAACUACGUCGCCCAGCGUGUUAGAAUGAGCGGACCCACAAACUUCGCCCCUCUCAUUAACCGGGCUAUAGAGAUCGUCAAAAUGACAAAAUCGUACCACAUCUUGGUGAUCGUCGCUGACGGUCAGGUGACACGUGAGAGAGACACCCAAACCGCCAUUGUUGAGGCCUCAAAAUGGCCGCUUUCCAUCAUCGUCAUUGGUGUGGGUGACGGACCUUGGGACACGAUGGCAGAAUUUGACGACGGUUUGCCCGAAAGAAAAUUUGAUAACUUCCAGUUUGUUGAUUUUAACAAAGUCACCCGAAAUGCCCGCAACCCAGAAGCAUCCUUUGCUCUUCACGCUCUCAUGGAAAUUCCCGACCAGUACAAGCAAAUACACAAGCUUGGUUUGCUCAGUUUCUGAGAUAAUCGCAAAUACGCCAUUCCGGUUUAUGUCAUGCUCUUGGUGGAUACUUCACGGAGAUUCCGAUGUAGGGUUACAUGAACCACUUCAAUCCAGACAGAGUUAUUAUGUGUCUGCGUUGAUUCCAGCUAUGGAGACCCUUAUAAUUGAAUUCAUUAAAUAAUGAGUUAUAUAGAGAUAUAUAUCAUCAGUCAUUACUUUCAUGCAAAUCCAACUAUUGGGUGAAUUACCGCUCAGGGACUGAACUCUCUUCGUAUGCGUAUACUAGAAAAAGUUUGGAUAUACAUCCGGACUCAUGAACACAUGACCAUGGGUUUUAAUUUGUUAUUGCAGAAGUACAUGUAUGUGUUUUUUGGCUACUAUUGUACACCCUUUAUAUGUAAAGACACACACUAUAUAUUUGGUACUCUUUACAUAUAUCUGUAUAUUGGAUGAACAUGAUGACCUCCGCUCUCGUUAGCUGUAUUCCAUAGCAGUGUGUGUAUUGGCUAAUUAGAUUCACUCUGCAUUCACCUUACGUUCACUUUGUAGACAAAUAAUGGACCCUGUCCAUCAGCAUGUUGUGUUGAAUUAUCUGUUCGAGUCGGUUGACUUCAUCCUAAAACUGUAUAAGUUUGACUCUAAUUAAAGGCGAUAAGCCUGACCAAACCCUCCAGGGUCAUACGUCCUGGUAGCCAUUUCACACUUUUACGUACUCAUAAAAUUAAGUGACAUCCAAUUUUCGCUCCUUUAACCGACUUCAGAACUUCUCGAUCUGAUUUAUUUUUUUAUUUUACGCUGUACUCAAGAAUAUUUCACUUACACGACGCUGGCCAGCAUUAUGGUGGGAGGAAACCGGGCCGAGAACGGGAGAAACCCACGACCAUCCACAGGCUGCUGGAAGACCUUCCCACGUACUUCUCAAUCUGAGGAAACGUGAUGUACCCGCAGAAUCUUUCAAUAUAAUGUUUGCUUCACUAUUUUUUGACGUGAAGACUGUACUUCAUUUUAUACACGCAUUUGUGGAUUUAAAGAUUGAGCAUGAUUGGUGUGACCUUUGGUGUGAAAUUGUUUGAAAUGUAGCCCCAUGUCCUCACAGGCAGCGGUUCAUUUGACAUGACACUCCAGCAGCGGAAUGGUUCUGAAUCAGUAAGUUGUUUAUAUACCGGUAUAUUAGGUUUCAGAGAUAUUUUUGAGUAGUUCUCCUAUCGCCGUAGUCUGUGAAGAAUGUUUUCGUCACCAGUCAUUUGUAUGUAUAUGAUAGAAUCAGUUUUUAUCUUGAUUUUACUUAUCUAUAUCAAUAAAGCCUUUGUGUCUAU